AUGAAAAAUAUUGAAUAUGAAUUUAAUAAUAAUGAAAGAUUAUUUUGGAAAGUUUUUAAAGAUAAAUUUUUAUUUAAUUAUAUAUUUAAUCAAAUGAUUACAACAGAAAUAAUUUAUAAAGAUGAAAAGAAAUAUUAUGUUGGUAAUAGAAUUCAAUGGAAAUAUAUAAAAUCAAUUGAAUGGAUGAUUGCAAAUAAUCAAAUAACAUUAUUUAAAGAUAAAUUAAAAUCUAAUCAAUAUAUAAUUGUUGAUUAUUUCAGUUUAGAAAUAUUUAUUAAAGAAUGUAAAGAUAUUGAAUUAAUGAAAUUAUUAAUAGAUAAAAGAGGUGACGAUUUACCAAUUGAAAGUUUAGUUAGUUUAUCAUUAAAUCUUGGUAAUAUUGUAGCAUGUUCAGCUUUUAUUGAUUUAAAUUUACCAUUUGCUCGUUCCUCAUUUACAAGUGCGAUUUCAAUUGGUAAUCUUCAAAUUUUUAAAAAAUUAUUAACAAAAUUAUCACCUCAAGAUUUUGAUAAUCCAUCAAAGUAUCCAAAACAUGAAAUUUUUCAAUUAAUUGAUUCAAAUAAUGAAAUUAUGGAAUUUAUUUUACUUGAUGAAAAUCUUUAUUCAAAAAACCACCAACAUGAUAAUGAUAAAACACAAUUAGUAUCAAUUCAAAAUUAUUUUUUAUUUAAAAAAGAAAUUUCAAAAAAAUUAUUAAAAUUAAAUUUAGUAAAUAAAAAAAUGAAUAAUGAAGAAAAUAAUAAUAAUAUUAACAGUAAUAAUGAUAAUAAUAAUAAUAAUAAUAAUAAUGAUUUAUCAAUUCAUCAUUUAAUAUUAAGAAUUAUAAAAAAUGAACCAUUAGAAAUUGAACAAGAUGAAUUAUUAUUUUUAAUUGAAUCUUAUUAUUUAGUAUGUUUAAAUUUACAAGAAAUACCAAUACAGAUUUUAGAUAGAAUUGAAAAAAUUAAAUUAUUAGAUACCUCUAGAGAUAAUGAACUUACAAAACGUUAUCAUUUAGAGAUGAUACUAGUUGAACAACUUCAAGAUAAACAUAAAUUUAGUGAACACGUUUAUAAAUUACUUUAUAAAACUAAUAAUUUAUCAGGUAUUAGAAAUAUGUCAUCACUUUAUCAUUACUCAUAUAAAUCAUUAUGUAUGGAUGGUUUAUGUUUGUUAAUGUCCUAUUAUAAAGAUUUUCAAUGUAUUUCACCUGAUCAAUUGACAAUUAGAGAUUGCAAAGUUGAAUCUUGUGAUAAAUCAUUAAUAGAUACCGAUCCAGAUCGUGUAGUUGCUUUCCUACAACUUUAUUAUGCAAAAAAUAAUAAUAUCAGAUAUCUACCAGAAUUAGAUAAAGAAUUUAUUGCAAAGGUAUUUGUUAAUUGUUCAAUUGAAAUUUUAGAGACAAUUUUAACUACAAAUAGUCAAUUUAAUGAAAUAUUUGGUAACCUUCAUUUAGGUGAACAAUAUACUAUACCAUUUAGUAAAUAUAGUUGGUUUAUAAAAAGAUAUUGUCAAUGUGUAAAUGAACCAAACCUAUCCUUCUUUAAUUGUAAUAUAGAAUUUAAAUCAAUUCAAGAGAAAAAAGAUUUCAUUGAUAUCUUAUCAAUUUAUCAAACUCAAUCUUUAAAUUUACCAUUUAAUUCAAUUGAUUGUUUAGGUUCAAUUGAAACUUGUGAUUAUUAUACCUUUAAAAUACCUUGGAAUAUAAUACCUGAUAUUUAUAAAUUUGCAUUCAAUUAUUCAUUAUCAAUUUGUGAUAUUAUUGAAUUAAAUAAAUUACAAUCAAUAAAAACAAAAUCAACAACAAUAGAAACAGAUUUUAAGGAUUAUCAAAUUGAAUUUAAAAGUUUUAAUAUUAAUUCAUCAACGUCAUUAAUUUUAUCACUUUUUAAAUUUAUAAAUUUAAAUGAAAGUUUUUAUCAAAAUCAUUUAUUUCAAUUAAUAAAUAAAUUUGAAGAUUUAAUUAAAUCAGAAGAAAAAGAGAAAACUAUUAAAUCAUUAGUAAAUGUAAUUGAUUUUAAUAAAUUUCAAUUUUCAACUAUAAAAUUAUUAUUAAAUAAAAUUAUUGAAUUUGAUUUAUUAUGGAUUCAAUUAAUAUUUGAAAGUGGUUUUAAAGUUCAAGAUUAUAAUUUGAUUAAUCAAGUUGGAAUUAAACCACCAAAUGUUCAAUUAUUUAAUGUAUUAGAUAAUCAACCAUUGGGUUUAUAUCAAUGUAAAACCUCAAAUUAUCAAACAUUAUUAGAAAUUAUUAAAUUAUUAAAUUCAAAUAUACCAAAUGAACAUAUUCAUCGUUUUCAAGAUUUUCAAUAUUAUCUCUACUUAAAUUUAUUAUCUUGUAAUGGUGUCACUAUCAAUUAUUUAAAAUAUCAAGUUUUAAAAGUUUAUCCAAUUAAUCAAGAUUCUCAAUUGUUUUAUUUAAAUUUAGUAAUUUAUUAUUUGAGAAUAAAAUCAACAAAAUUAUUUAAAUAUAUAAUUGAAAAUGAAAAAUUAAUCAAUUAUAUUUGUAACAAUGGUAAUGGUUUAUUUUUAUUAAAAUCAAGUUUCUUUUCAUUUAAUCAAAUUUGUAAUUCAAAUUUUCAACAAUUAUUUUUUGAAUUUAAAAAUAAUAUACUUGAAAAUAAAGAAAAUAUUAAAUUAGUUAAUAAUAAUAAUAAUAAUAAUAAUAAUAAUAAUAAUAAUAAUAAUAAUAAUAAUAAUAAUAAUAACAAUAAUAAUAAUUAUAAUUAUUUACAAACUAUUUAUAAUAUUAAUUAUUUAUUAUCAGUUGGAGAAAUUGAUAUAAUUUUAGAAAAUAAAAAUGAAUUCAUAAUUAAUAAUUGUAUUAAUGAACAUUCAAUGAUGGCAAGUUCAAAUAAUGCAAAACUUAAUAGUAUUAAUAGUUCAAUUAAUUCUUUAAUUUCAAAAAUUAAUGAAAAGCUAAUGAUUAAUACUCCAGUUGAAAAGAUUAAAGAAUUUAAUGAAAAUAUAAUUGUAGAUUAUGAUGGUAAAGAUAUAUUUAAAUCAGCAUUAAAUUAUGAAAGAUUAGAUGUAGUUCAAUGGUUAAUGACUGUUAAUAGCUUUUGGAUUGAAAAACUUUGGCAUAGAAUGGUGUUUGGUAAUCAUUUAGAAAUUUCAAAAUUUAUUUAUAAAAAUUAUUCAAAUGAAUUUACAAUUGAUCAACUUUCAUUAAAUGAAAUUUUAAAUUUUGGUUAUCAAAAUAUGUUUGAUUUAAUAAUUAAAAGUUCAAAAAAUAUCUCUCCAACAAUUCAAAAAUUAAAAAAUCAAUUAGAUGAAAAGGAUGAAAUUAUUAAAAAUUUAAAUUUACAGUUAUCUUUAUUAAAAAAAAGAAAAUUUGAUGAUUUAAUUGAUGAUAAAAGUGGUUUUAAUAAUAAAAAAUAA